AUGCCAGUUACCACUGAACAAGGAAGUGCUGGAAUUAGUGGUGGAGAGCUUCAGAUGAAAGGUACUGGUAAAAAAACAAUAAAAAAGAAGAAGAUGGGGGUUGCACAAUCAGCAUUCUUUGCACAUGAAAAUGAAGAAAAGGCAAAUGCAAUGUUAAGUAAGAUUGCUGAUGAUGCGGUAUUAGUAUUUGAUUGUGGAAGUUCAUUUAUCAAAGUUGGGGUUGCAGGAGAAGAACAACCAAGAAAGGUUAUUCCAACGUGUUACUGUGUGAUAGAAGAUGAAGAAUAUGAAGGAGGAGAAAGAAAAGAAUUUGGAUAUAAAGCUAUUGAUGAAAAUGCCAAGUUAAUUUGGCCUCUUGAUCCAAGAAAUGAUACUGAUUGGGAUGGGUUGUUUGACAUUAUCCAAAAUAUUUAUCAAGUCGAAUUAAAUGAAUUAGAUCCAAGUGCCCAUGCAGUAGUGAUGACAGAUUUACCAAAUAUGAAUGAAGUUGCAACAGACAAAAUCAAAUCUAUGAUGUUUAAUGAUUUGAAUGUUCCAUUUUUAAAGAUUGUUAAUCCAGCAUUAAUGGCAUUAUAUGCAGAAGGAAAGGAAACUGGUCUUGUAGUUGAAAUUGGUAAUAGAAUGCAAAUAGUACCAGCUGUCGAUGGAUUUGUUAUUGAUAGUGCUAUUACUAAAAUUAAAGGUAAUGUUUCUGGGUUAACAGAGUACAUGCAACGGUUAUUAAGGUCAUGUGGAUAUAUUUAUACAACGUCACAACAAAUGGAAUUAGUAAGAGCAAUUAAAGAAAAUGUUUGUUAUGUUGCUCUUGACUAUGAUGCAGAAAUGAAAAGAAAACCUAGAGAAAUUAUGAAAGAAUAUAAAGUUCCUGGAAAUGAUAACACUUCUAAAUUCUUCCAAGAACGAUUCCAAUGUCCAGAGGCUUUAUUUAAACCAGAAAAGGUUGGUAUUGAUACAGAAGGAUUACCACAAAUGAUCUUUGAAUGUAUUAAAAAAUGUCCAUUAACUUCAAGAAGACCAUUGUUAAAUCAUAUCAUUUUGGCUGGAGGAUCAACAUUAUUCCCUGGAUUACCAGAAAGACUUGAUCAAGACCUCAAAAAAAUUUUAGAAGAAAAUAAGAUGAAUUCAAGAGAUGUUAAGAUUAUUGUUCAUCAAAAUAGAAAAUAUUUAGCAUGGGUUGGUGCUGCUUUAUUAGCUGGUAUGUCUACAUUACAAGAUGAAGAACAAUGCACAAAAGAUUAUUACGAUAAUAAUUAA